AUGUUUGCAGGAUGUGAAAGGAUCCAGUGUUUACAUUCUCCAGCCCCGUGCCGUCAGCCAUGUCGUCUUUGCCCUGCUCGUGGAUGGAAUAGCCAAACUGACGUUGACUCAUCCUCAGAUCCGCCGACAGUAGCCAGUUCCAACUUGGACUUGGCCCAUGACGAUGGACACCGGAGAGAUUUAGACGUCGGCCGUCAUUUCUCGAGCCAUGCGGAACGAAGCCUCGACAAGGAGCAGUUCGGAAAGUCUCAGCACCUCUUCAUCCUCCAGCCUAGCCUCGACCUGUUCUUCGUUGUCUGCCUGUCCAGAAUGCUCGAUCCGCUAUGUGGAACUGCACAAGCUGCCUGGGAAGGCGAUGGUGAGACCCUCUCCAUUUUUGCUUCGGUUGGGCGUUGCUUGGCUACCAGAUUUCUCACAAUAGGACCACUAGCAGGCGGCGAAUUUAAGGUGACAUAA